AUGGACAGGGACCCGAGUGAGGAGGGUAGUGUGGUGGACCUCAGCUUCCAGGCCGAGCGUCCUCUGGCACCCCCUGCUGAACUCCUGGAAGGACUGCCCAGCUGUAACUGGCUUCUUCAGAGGGGCACAUGGCAGAUAUUCUCCCCACCUUCGGAGGCCCUGGGGAGGCCCCUGGCACCAACAUGCUGGUCCUCGUUCCUGGAACACAGCAGAGUUCCCGUGGUGACAGAGGAGGUGGCCCGGGAGGCUCUCCUCAGCUUCGUGAACUCCAAAUGCUGCUACCGCAGUGGUGCUGCAGGCAACCUGGUCAUCCGGGAACUGAGGCAGCAGACCCUCUGCAGGUACCGGCUGGAGACGUUCAGCGAAUCCAGAGAAAGCGAGUGGACGUUCCAGCCCUUCACUAACCACUUGGUAAACGGACCUCAACGAGGAACCUCCCCCAGGCUUUGGGAUAUCAAGGUCCAGGUCCCUCCGAUGUUUCAGGAAGACACCAGGAAGUUCCAAGUGCCUCACUCCUCGUUGGUCAAGGAAUGCCACAAAUGCCACGGGCGUGGACGUUACAAGUGCAGCGGCUGCCAUGGGGCAGGCAUGGUGCGGUGUCCAUCGUGCAGCGGAGCCAAGCGCAAAGCCAGGCAGCCCCGGCGGUGUCACAUGUGCUCGGGCUCUGGCAGGCGCAGGUGUAGCACGUGCUCAGGGAGGGGGAACAAGACAUGUGCCACCUGCAAGGGGGAGAGGAAGCUGGAGCACUUCGUCCUGCUGGUCAUCACGUGGAAGAACAGCCUGUUCGAGUUUGUGUCUGGGCGCCAGCUUCACUGCCCCUCGGAGCUGCUUGCCAAGGCCAAAGGAGAAAAUGUCUUCAGGGAUGAAAACGCGGUGGUGUACCCCAUUGUCGACUUCCCUCUACGGGACAUCUCCCUGGCCUCCCAGAGGGGCAUUGCAGAGCACAGUGCUAACCUGGCCUCACGCGCCCGCAUUCUGCAGCAGCGCCAGACCAUCGAGUUGAUCCCUCUCACAGAAGUUCAUUACUGGUACCAAGGAAAGACUUACGUCUACUACAUCUAUGGCACUGACCACCAGGUGCAUGUGGUGGACUACCCCGAGCGGUUCUGCUGCGGCUGCACCAUCAUCUGA